AUGGAGUCUUUUUCAGAUAUUGUUGCGGCUGAUCUUUUGGAGCUUAUGACUAUUAUUCAGCAUGUUCAACCAAAGGUGGGCAGCCCCGACUCUUUUGUGUGGUGGAGACAUCCUAAUGGUUUUUCGGUAAAAGCAAGUUAUGAAGGGCUUAUUGCUUCCAUCAAUCACACUACGACUUUGCCGACAAAUGUGUUGGAUUCUCUUCGUUCUCUUUGGGCUUCGAAACUUCCAAGUAAGUCUUUAAUUUUUGGUUGGAGAAUUCUUCUAGAUCGUCUUCCGACUAAAACCAAUUUAUUCCGCCGUGGCAUAUUGGGGGAAAACGUUUCCUUAUUGUGUCCCUUUUGUUUGUUGGAAGAGGAAAAUUCGGAUCAUAUUUUUAGUUCUUGUUUGGUGUCGGUUAGGUGGUGGAAUCAAACGUGUGAUUGGCUCCGUUUGAAAGUGUCUUUUCCGUCAAAUACGGUGGUGGAAAAACUCUCCUUUUUUGAGAAGUUAUGUAAAUCUAGCUUUCGCUUUUGUCCGGGUUGGUUGUUUGGUUUAGCGGUGUGUUGUGCUAUUUGGAAGUGCCGGAAUGUUAUUAUCUUCGAAGGUGGUGACCUCUCAAGAAUAGAUGGUUUGGGGUUAAUAAAACAUAUGUCGUGGGAGUGGUUUUUGUUUAGUUGUAAGUUAGAUUGUGAUGUUCUUUGGUCGGAUUGGUUUGUAUCUCCUACCUUAAUAGGCUAA